AUGGCUGUCUUCACCGGUAUGGAAGGCACGGAGGUCACCUUCGUGUACAGCCGCACCUUCAUUGACGAGGCACCAGCAAGUGAUGUGAUCGGUGCGCAGCUACGCUCUGCCAGUGAGCCGCCAGCGAUGAUGCGCCUGGAGACAGCCUCCGAGGCAAGGAGCGAGGAGGAGAGCCUGCGAGGCUACGUCCGCUCUCUGGGUACCUCCUUCAUGCGCUUCCCGGUCACUGGGACAGCCAUGGGAGCGGACGAAGUGGAGGCCCUCGGCCAAAGACAGGUCGCUGUAACCUUGGCGAGCUGUGGUUCCCGGGGGCAUCCUCAUCUCUGCCGCCGCCCCUGCAUUUAUUUCGUGGCUGGCAAGUGCGAGACCGGAGCACGUUGCAACUACUGCCACAUGUCGCACGAGGGGCGCACGGCCAAGAUGGACAAGCAGCAACGCUCGAAGUUCAACGCCAUGGGAUGCCGUGAGGGGCUCCUUUUGCUCCACAGGCUGCUCACCGUGACUGCCACCGAGAACGGCUUCCUUCCUUUGGCAAAGGACUUUCUGGACCUGGUGGCCCAGGAGGCCCAGUGGCACCCGGCGGCUGAGGAAGUGUUUUCCGAGGCCAUGCAACGUCGUCUGGAGAGGGUCAUUGCCCGCAUGCCGUUCCACCAGCUUGCGCUUCUCGCCGUCGCCAAGGCAUCCCGACACGAUUUCGGAACGGAGAUGGUGGCCUGCGUCGAGAAGCUCACGGAUGAGCUUGAAGCGAUGGCUCAUGUUGCUUGA